AUGUUGUCCUGGAUUCGCUUGUUGUUGCUUCCCAUUUGCACUUUAAAUCUAUACAAGCCUACUCGUUCGGCUGAAGAGAAGUCUUCCAACAGGAAGCGACUUCAAAUUGCAGCCAUCCAGCAGGCUUUGAUCACUUGGAAGGAACCAAUGGGCUGCCUCACAUUGAUCUCCAAGAUGCUACGCCUCCCAUGCCAACAAUACUCAGCUAAAAAGGACAAGAAAGACAAGCCAGAAGUGGCUAAUUUGAGUGCUUGUCGCAAGAAGAUUGGUCACGGGCAUUUCGCAGCUGCAAUUCAUAUCUUGUCUUCGAACGGGUUGGCGCCUCGUAAUGAGAGCACUUUGUCCGAGUUGCAAUCCAAACACCCUACAGCUCCUCCACCCUCUUUUCCGGAUGAAGUCGCUAUUGGUGACCCAAUAACAGUUGACUCAAGGGCUGUAAUUGGUGCCAUUAAAAUCGACGUUUUAAGUGGUGCAGCUGCGGCUGUGGCAGACGAGUUAGCGGCUUCGAUUACUGGGGUUGUCAACCUUUGGUUGGAAGGUAACUGCCCUAAGGUUUUAGGUGAGCUCAUCGCAAGUGCACCCCUUACACCUUUACUCAAGCCCGGGAGUGGUCUUAGGCCAAUAGCAGUUGGUACUAUAUGGCGCCGUUUGGUCUCUAAGGUGGCUGCUUUCUCAGUUGGUAAGGAUAUGCAAUCCUACUUGGGUGAUCAUCAGCUUGGUGUUGGAGUGCCGGUGCGGGGAGAGAGUAUACUUCAUUCUGUCAACAAUUUGCUGGAGUUGAAAGGUCACUCGGAUAAUAUGUCAAUGUUACUUAUUGAUUUUUCGAAUGCCUUCAACAUGGUGAGAAGGUCUUCUCUUAUCAAAGAGGUUCGGCUUCAUUGUCCGUGUAUUUCUCGUUGGGUAGAAUUUUGUUAUACUAGGCCUGCUAAACUGUACUAUGACCAAUACAUCUUGUCUUCUGCACUCGGUGUUCAACAAGGUGAUCCUCUUGGUCCCCUUUUGUUUUCUUUGGCACUCCAUCCCCUUGUGAAGUCCAUUGCUUCUUGUUGCAAGCUUGAUUUGCACGCCUGGUACCUGGAUGAUGGCACUAUCAUUGGAGACACUAUGGAGGUUGCUCGAGCUUUGAAAAUUAUUGAGUCUGAAGGACCGGGUAGAGGUCUUCACCUUAAUAUCAAGAAGACCGAGGUUUUUUGGCCCACUACCGAUCCACGCAGUUUGGAGGUAGGUGUUUUCCCCCCGGAUAUUGGUAGACCUAGCAAGGGAGUUAAGCUUUUGGGUGGACCUGUGAGUUUGGAUUUGGAUUUCUUGAGUGACAUGGCGCUUAAUAGGGUGAAUAAGACUAUUCAGCUAAUGUCUUCUAUCAAAAAGCUCAGAGAUCCCCAGAGUGAUAUGUUAUUACUCCGUAAUUGUGUCGGUGUAUCUAGACUAUAUUUUGCUAUGCGUACUACUAAUCCGACAGCUCUACAACAGGCCUCUGACCUCUUUGACGACCACCUACUCCAAUAUUUGAGGCUUUUAAUCACCGAAGAUGGAGAUGGGUUUGGACCUUUGCAACAAAGACUGGCCACUCUCCCUAUCAAAUAUGGUGGCCUUGGCAUUUAUACCAUGGCUGACACUAGCACCUAUUGCUAUCUUGCCUCUUUGAGUCAUACUUCCUCUGUGCGGAAGACGAUGCAAAUCAAGUCCUCUGUUUUUCAAAUUUUUGAUUGGAAUUUGGAUUUGGUUCUACGGAUGUCAAACGAAGAUAUGUUUGAGAGGAACCAUGAUGAAUUAGAUUUUGAAUUCUUGGGUAAUAUAAGAGAAAAAGACUGGAAGAUUCGAACAAAUGUUUAUGGGAAUGGAAGUACAACAGAGACUUAA